CCCUGCGCUGUGCCUCCUGGCUGGACUGGCAGUUCCAGGCAGCAUGGAAGGGCCCCAGAACUCCACACACGUCUCCUUGGUGUUGUUGCUGCUUCUCCUACUGCUCCUAGGCCCAGCUUGGCAGGGAGCUGCCCAGCGCUGCCCACAGACCUGCAUCUGUGACAACUCCAAGCGGCAUGUUGCCUGCCGGCACCAGAACCUCACUGAGGUACCAAACACCAUCCCUGAGCUGACCCAGCGGCUGGACCUCCAGGGCAACAUGCUGAAGGUGAUCCCUCCAGCUGCCUUCCAAGAGCUGCCUUACCUCACGCACCUGGACCUGCGGCACUGCCAGGUGGAGCUGGUGGCCGAAGGCGCCUUCCGUGGCCUGGGCCGCCUGCUCCUCCUCAACCUGGGCUCCAACCGCCUGAGCGCGCUGCCCCAGGAAGCGCUGGACGGGCUGGGCUCGCUGCGGCGGCUGGAGCUGGAGCGGAACAUGCUGGAGGAGCUGCGGCCGGGGACGUUCGGGGCGCUGGGCGCGCUGGCCACGCUGAACCUGGCCCACAACGCCCUGGUCUACCUGCCCGCCAUGGCCUUCCAGGGGCUGCUGCGCGCCCGCUGGCUGCAGCUGUCCCACAACGCGCUCAGCGUGCUGGCCCCCGAGGCCCUGGCCGGCCUGCCCGCCCUGCGCCGGCUCAGCCUGCACCACAAUGAGCUCCAGGCCCUGCCAGGGCCCGCCCUGUCCCAGGCCCGCGGCCUGGCCCGUCUCGAGCUGGGCCACAACCCGCUCACCUACGCGGGCGAGGAGGACGGGCUGCGGCCUUCCCCGGCCUGGGCCGCUUGGUGUCGCUGCACCUGCAGCACUGCGGCAUCGCCGAGCUGGAAGCGGGCGCCUUGGCGGGGCUGGGCCGCCUGAUCUACCUCUACCUCUCCGACAACCAGCUCUCAGGCCUCAGCGCUGCUGCCCUCGAAGGGGCCCCUCACCUAGGCUACCUGUACCUGGAGCGCAACCGCUUCCUGCAGGUGCCCGGGGCUACCCUGCGCGCCCUGCCCAGUCUCUUCUCCCUGCACCUGCAGGACAACGCUGUGGACCGCCUGGCACCUGGGGAUCUGGCCGAGGCACGGGCCUUGCGUUGGCUUUACCUGAGUGGAAACCGCAUCACCCAAGUGUCCCCUGGGGCGCUGGGCCCUGCUCGGGAGCUGGAGAAGCUGCACCUUGACAGGAACCGGCUGCGAGAGGUGCCCACUGGAGCCUUGGAGGGUCUGCCUGCCCUCCAGGAGCUGCAGCU